AAUAUCAGUCCUUUAUACUGAUGCCGUUCAAAUGAUUUAUGAUAUUUUCCAAUAUAUGGUAGAUUUAUUUUUUGUUUAUAAAUAUGGAGCAGAGUUGUGUUGUAUAUAUAUAAAGAAGUACGCCUAUAUUGACGGCUUACUCGGUACCGACUAUUAUACUCCAAUAAGACGGAGGCUUAUCAGAAUCAUGGGCUUUUACAUGUUCAUGUGGCUCUCAAGUAGCCUCUUUGAUUACUUUAUUUGGGCGAAUGGUUUCGGAUUUAUUAUAACCACAGUUUAUUCAAUCGCAUACAUCUACAUAUUAAUAAAGAUACUCACUAAUAUAGAUCUAACUGUUAACGUGAUGCAAGUGGAAUGUAGACUACGUGCUUUAGCAGAAAUAGUUAGAGGUUUUUGUUGUGGUACAGAAAGUACUCCAGGUAUAACCGAAGACUCUAAGAGCGAUUGGUUUUAUCACGAGGAAUCAAGAAAAAGUUGUAAACCAAAGUUCCUUUCAGUAAGCAUUAUUUCGUGUCUAGAUCGACAGGAAGUAAGACGGUUGAGUAAGUGUUAUCUGUUGCUAACUGAACAGGUAACAUUUAUCAACAAGAUGUAUGGAAUGAGGAUUUUAAUGAACAGUCUAAGUUUACUGAUCGAUUUGGUGCGAUUUACUAAUUUAACAGUUCUCCUUCUUAUUGGAUCGCAGGUUACAGGCUAUGAACAUGGAUACUUUAACAUGAUAGCAACACUUUGGAGAAUACUGACAUGCAUUGUAGUUAUAACCGCCCUCGUUGAACACUGCGAGCGUGUUUAUAGGCAGCGAGAAAGGAUAGUCUGUUUGUUGGAUCAUUUAAUUAUCGACAGAAACCUUGAUGACCCGCUACUAAGUGCGUUCAACGAGCUUCGAAGCUUGGUGCAGUCACGUGCAAUCAACUUCCAUAUGGCUCAUUUUAUACGAAUUGAAUAUCCUCUGUUGGUGUCCAUUGCUUCCGUCGUCGUCACAUAUACUAUUAUACUUUUACAAAGUAGUUAG